AUGGACACUUCAUCACACCUGGUCGCCCGACAGGGCUAUCAGUCGCAAAAUAUCAGUGAGGGAUCGCUGGUCAAUUACUGGGGCUACGCAGCUCGGGUCUUGCCUUGUACCAACGAUCCAGGCACAUGCGAAUACUUUGAGGUCGUGUACGGCUCACAUGCUGUUGGUAUGACAUACACUGGUAUUCUAUGGGCUACAAUUGGAGGCAUUCUUCUCAUCCUCGCCAUUGGCCGUCACCUUUGGGCAUCACCAAGAGCUGCAGAGACCAUUCCCGGUGUUGUGGACGACGAAAAGAGCUCGGCUGCCGCAUCUUCUACCACCCGUUUUACCAGGGCGGUGGCUGCCCUUCGCCGUCAGCACCUCCUCCCCGACUCUGUUCGAUUCAUCUUUGGCAGGACUACUCGUCUUCAGGUCUUGAUUCUCGUCAUCUUGACGGGUUACCUGACCCUAUGGAGUUUCCUGGGCAUUCACUACCAGACAUGGAGGACCCCAGUUAAGGCGUAUCCGGGAGUAUACCAGACACGUUCAAGUCUUGGUGCCUGGUCUGACCGUGUCGGCGUUCUGGCCUACGCCUUGACGCCCUUCUCGAUCAUGCUGGCGAACCGCGAGUCGAUACUCUCCGCGCUCACGGGCAUUCCCUACCAAAACUUCAACUUCCUCCACCGGUGGCUAGGAUACAUCAUCUUCGUCCAGUCUCUGGCCCACACCAUUGGCUGGACAAUCAUUGAGACAGCCAUGUACCAGCCUCAGCCCCAGGUUGCCAACAAAUGGAUCAAGCAGCUGUACAUGAUCUGGGGCUGCGUUGCAAUGAUCCUGAUCUUGAUACUUGUCGUUCUGAGCACUCCCUGGGGCAUCCGCCUCACAGGCUACGAAUUCUUCCGCAAGUCUCACUACGUCCUGGCUAUGGUUUACAUUGGUGCCUGCUGGGGUCACUGGCAACCCCUGAAAGUCUUCAUGGUGCCCGGACUGGCUCUCUGGCUAUUCGACCGCCUUGCUCGCCUCGUUCGUUCCGCUCUCAUGCACUACCAGUUCCUCCCGGAUGGCAAGAUGGGCUUCAAAGCCGCCCACGCCGACCUCACUGUCUUUCCCGACGCGGAGAAUGGUGACAUUGUCCGCCUCGACUUCUCUCACGCGCAAAGCCCCUGGAGCCCGGGACAGCAUUUCUACCUUUGCUUCUCCGAGUGCUCCAUCUGGCAGUCUCACCCUUUUACACCAUUGAGCCUACCCGUCGAGCGCAACGGCACCGUUCAGCAUGCCUACGUCUUCCGAGCCAAAAAGGGCGAGACGAAGAAGGUCGCUGAGCUCGCGACGAAGAAGCUGUCGCUAAAGGACGGCGCUGCAAAGACGACUCCUGUUAUCCUUUCAGGCUCUUACGGCGAAUCUUUGGUUGAGGACCUGCACCCUGAAGUCAAUGUUCUCUGUGUCGCUGGUGGCACAGGUAUAGCCUAUGUUCUUCCCGUCUUGCUCCAUCUGGCGUCACAGCCUGCGGCCCCUGAACGAAAGAUUGAGCUCAUCUGGGCUGUCCGUUGCCGCCACGACAUCGCUUGGGUGCAGCCUGAGCUUGACGUACUUCUCGCCGCCGCCAAGACGCACGGAAUCCAGAUCCAGGUCCACGUUACCCGAAACAACGAUUCCGCAAAACCCGAGGUAAUCGUUGCGGGAGACGAGAAGAGAGUUGCUGAGUCGUCCUCUGCAUCCUCCUUGCAGAGCACCUCUCUCGAUGUGCAGAGCGCCGGAGUCCAUCCCGACCUGAACGUCGUGGUGCCAGGCUUCGUGGAGGGGACCGUUCGUGGUCGGAGUAUCGUGUAUGCCAGUGGCCCUGGUUCCAUGAUUUCACAACUGAGAAGUGUUGUUGCGUCUUGCAACUCAGGAGGACGGGUUUGGAAGGGAGACGCAAGAUAUGACGUUGAACUGAAAUGCGAUGAUAGACUUGAGUGGUAG